AUGGCGACCACAAUGACCCCUUCAGAGGAGGGCCAUAUCCAUGGAGAGGAGCGUCCACACGGCCACUCUCGAAACCGUUCAGGGAAGAGUAGUGCGGACUCGUCCAAAGCCCGUGCACCUAAACCUCCCUCGCAGAAAGCCAUGCUCUCACGCGCCCUCCAGAAGGCGAACAGUGCUGUCCUGCUGGACAAUAACCAGGACUUCAGAGGCGCCCGCCAGGCCUACGCCGAGGCUUGCGAGCUUCUCCACCAGGUGCUGCAAAGAACCUCAGGCGACGAGGACAAACGCAAACUUGAAGCUAUUCGUCGUACCUACAGCAGCCGAAUUAGCGAGUUAGAUCAGAUGCUUUCCUUGUGGCACAACGGCAAGUCGCUUCCUGCCUAUCCGGACGAGGAGGUAUCAAAUCGAAGGACCAUUAUUCAACACGCACCCGAGCGCGAAGCGGACCCGACGGCGGUGGAAACAGCGACUCUCAGAAGGAUAGGUCGCGAAGACAACCAGACUCCGCACGCAAUGACCCAUGUAAAUACCCACACGCAGCAUCACCAAUACCAACACCAGCAGCAGCCACGGCAAGAACAUCGGCCUCCGAGGCUUCAGUCUCCUGAAACAGACCCUAUUCACUCGCCUGAACAUGGCUUUCUGCAUUCAUCCUUCAAUCGGACACCGGUCAGAUCAAGAUUCCCUGACCAUGUUAUGUCAUCUGGCAUGAACGCAUCUUCAUCUUAUGGAGCAUCUAACACUAUACAGCCCUCAUCCGGGCUCCAUGGAGACGGACUGGACGGACCUAUACGAACUGACUUUUCAGUCGCUUCGGAGACUCGAAGGGUCAUCGACCAUACGAGAGAAAACAGUCAAAGUUCCUGGCUGGACCCAAUUGACGAAUCUGGAGGUUCCAAUGCUUCGUCUGUUCACUCCCGCACGUCUUCCUUGGGGUACAGACGGAGGCACAUUCGGUCUGGUAGCGGCGAUACCGAGGCCGAAUUCGAUACCGCGUUGGAUGCUGCCAUUGAGGCAGCCUACGACGAGGGUUAUGAGCCUAUGGAUGACAACGAUAUCAAUUCCAAUGUUCCGGAUGAAGAGGUAGUGGCCAAUGCGCUGCGCAAGGUCGAGAUAGCACGGGAACGGGUUAGGCAAACCGAACGGGAAGCAUACGAAGUGGCAAGUGAACAGGAGAGGCAACGACUCAUGUUGCUCCAGCAUCCACCCUUAGGCCAAACAGAACGGUACCAUGCCCACCAAGGACAAGAUUACUUCUUUGAUGACAAUUCAUCUGAUGAGGAGGAACGAAUGCUUGAUGAGAUCACUCGGGACCUUGCUUCUAAAGACUUGAAUGCUCAUGGCCAGGCUCAACCCUCAUCCCUAACACGCGAGUCCGAGUCCAGCAGCCUCGCAGCAAACGCAUGGCAUAGCUCUGCGGGAUCAAGCGCCUUGGGUAGCAGCACUUCGCUAUCAACAGUAACCGAGUCGAUGCCUGCCCCUUAUAUCCCAUCUGGCCCUGCUCUGGCGCCUCCGCCAACACAUGCGCUUCCGGAUCUUCCAUCAGACAAGGUUUCCUCUGCCAUCGCUGGAACUACAAAUCGCCGACAGUCGACCCAGAACUACAAGCAGCUGAAGAUAGAGACGAAAAGACUUGCGAUGCCAGAAACAAGUAGUAACAGUGAAACACCUCAGGCCGAUUUAGCCUCAACUGAUAAAGGCGACAUGCAAACCGUGGAGUUAGCACGGCCCACCACCGCUUCUCGACAACCGCCCUCGGCCGAAAUCAGCCCAACUGACCCAAGGUCGUUUGGGUCUCCCCUUGAUAAUCGACCUGACGGCGAGGAAAGCUCAACUGGCCGCUCUAACUCCCCCACGUCGGGUAAACUCAAGAAGAACUUUUCCUCCUCAAGCUUGCGAAGCCUGAAGGCUCGUAAUCUAUCCGUGUCGAAUCUAGACGAAAGUGAAAUAUCUCCUGGGGCAGCUAUGGGUGCACACUGGGGAAUUAACUCACGUGCACCGACCAUGCCCAUUGUGCCAACACCGCUGGCGGCCACAUUACGUGAUAGAGCGGAAACAGCGGUUGGGGGUCUAUUCCUCCUCGAACAUAAUUUCCAUAGCCCUGACAGCCCCGGCUCGCCCAACCCGACGGCCUCGGAAGCACCUGUACCGUUGGAGCCGUGCCCAACGGACUUCAUGCUGAGACCAUUUUGGCUGAUGCGAUGCCUCUACCAAACCUUGGUGCAUCCACGUGGUGGAUAUCUCAGCCUUAAGUUGUUUGUUCCAAGAGAGGCGUGGCGGGUAAAGGGUGUAAAGCUCAAAAACAUCGAAGACAAGAUUGCAAACUGCGACUUCCUCACGGCAGCUUUACUGAAACUGGCCAAAGUCGACACUUUUGACGCCGACGCCCUACUCGAGGAAAUGCAGGCUUUGGAGAAUAUAUUAGAGCAAAUCCAGACCGCUCUGACUCGCAAACUUGGAAAUGAAGUGGGCAUCCACAGUACCGGCUCUCUGUUCAAGGAUGGUUUGGGUGGCGCAGACGGAGAUUCAGGAGCAGUGUUGCCACGAUCGUCUAGCGUUUCAGGGAAAUCAUCCUUUUCAUGGCGCCGUCUCCGGCCGAAGAACUCUUCUUCAGCCCUAGCCAACUCGCACCACCCCAUCCGCAAUGCAGGUAAUGAGGGCAACAAGGACUCGAUCCCGACUUUGCCAAUGACAGCACAGCCUACCAGUCGACCAGCCAGGCGAGACACGGGCACAGCGCAAUUUUCCGGGCCUUACGCACAGUAUAUGGGCUCUCUUGCUCGGUUAUUUGACGCUGUGCAGGUGAUAGACCAGAUUGCGCGACAAGUAGAAGACCCUGGGCUUCGACAUGCAGAUAAAACCCAGGUCGGUUUAGAGUUGAGUGCACGACAUGCUGCCGAAUUCUUCGCAUUUUAUAUUUGCCGUUUUGUGUUGAGCGAUUUGGGCUUGUUGAUGGACAAGUUUAUCAAGCGUGGAACUGAAUGGGUUCUUGCAUAA